GGGAGGCUCCACGCGACCAACAAUCAGUUCCAGAGAUACGGUCCAAAGGGUUUCAUGGAAAUCAAAGUCCUUCACGACGACAACCUCUACGUCCGCGUCGACUUGCCCGGCGUUCCAGACGACGCUAUCCGCUACAGAGUCGACGCCGUGAGACAAAAGGUUGUCUUUUUCUCCGGUGAAGAAACUCUCCGCGCCGGCGACAAGGUUGACGACGUUCGUGAGUACUCCGGGACCGCCGGUCUGGGCUGUGACUGCUGUGAGAUCACCGGCGUGGAUGCCAAGAUGAAAGACGGAGUCUUGAGGAUGAUUCUCUCAAGGGUCAAGGUGAAGGACCAUGACAACAAGUGUACUCACUUUCUGCCUCCUAACACAGGCAAAUCUGGAAGAUAUGAUAUAGGUGAUUCUGCAGUUGACAUGGUUGAAGUGGAGGAUCAUCCGUUUGUGGUGAAAGGUCGCAAGGGAACGUUCACUUCAGCACGAACAUCUGACGGUUGUUAUCACUUUUCAGUGGAUCUGCCAGGUGUUUCUAGCGACGACAUAUUCGUGCUACCAAAUGAGAAUGAAUUCAAGUUCAUUGCUGAGAACAAGAGCGUGUACGAGCACGACGAGAGUUGCCGUAUUUUCAUUGGAGCCGUCAACAUGCGUACAUGUUGUUCCCAUGGGAUUCCACUUCUUGACCACAACAUCGCUUGGGAUGCAUGA